GAUUUUAUUUUCGGACCUGGACUUAUCCAAACUUACACGCCCAAAUACAAGCUCAAAUCCCAUUCCCAAAUCUCACCCCCAUACGUGAGACUUGGAAAUCCAUCUGCUAGACGCGCAAAGCUGGGACGCGAAGAAGAGGCUGCGACGCAAAUACUGAGUUUGGGAAAUCAAGAACAGCUCCAUCAAUCUAGGUACACAUAAUGUCACAUAGUGACAUGCCCCAAGAUAAUGAUAGUGAUAUGGAUGAGAUUGAAGAAGAUGAGAGUAGAGAAGAUAUGUAUAGACAUAUUAGAUAUUUAUUUGUAGUCAUUCAGACCGCCAUAUACAUGUUAAGCUUGCACGUAGUUAACAUGCAUCAGAAUCGUGUGAACCGUUACUCACUUGCGAGGAGACCAAAAACUAGAGAUGGCUAUGACUAUAUUCAUAAAAUCCUGAAGGAAGAUCCAAAAGAUUUUCGGGAUAUUUAUAGAAUGUAUCCAGACGUUUUCUUGAAAUUAUGCCAUAUUAUUAGGGAGAAACAAUUGUUGGCAGAUACAAGGUACGUCAGCAUUGAGGAAAUGCUUGCAACAUUCUUAGUUAUUGUUGGUCAGAACAAUCGUUUUGGCUACUUGUAACUUUGAUCUACAAUUUAUGUAUGUGUUGAGUGGCUGGGAGGGAUCAGCACACGAUUCAAAAGUUUUGACUGAUGCAUUGACAAGGGAAAACGGUCUGAAAGUUCCCAAUGGUACGCCUGUGUGACAUUAUAUAUUGCCUUUAUCAGUAGUAAUCAAUGUGGUUGUUAUAUACUACUAUCACCUAUUUGGUGUUUUUAUUGUUAUUACAAUUACUAUUUGCUAUUAUUAUUCUUCCAACUAUUAGCACCUUUUCGAGGUACCCGCUAUCACCUACAAGAUUUUGCUGGUCAAGGUCGUGAUCCAAAUAAUUCGAAGGAACUUUUUAAUCUUCGUCAUGCUUCACUAAGGAACGUAGUUGAAAGGAUAUUUGGGAUAUUCAAGUCAAGAUGAAAUCCGAUCUUUUGAAGCGGAAGAUGUUGAACAAUAUUUUGAAAGUCAAGAACAACAAAGGGCUAAUGCAAAUGCUUGGAGGGACACAAUAGCAUCUAAUAUGUGGAAUGAUGCUAUGAACUAGUAUAGGUCAUGUGAUUGUCCAAGUAGCAUUUAUGUUAAGUUAUUUUUGUUUUAUGCUUUCAUACAUGUGGUAUGUUGGUGAUGAUGCUUAUGACUUGAAACUGCUGAAAAUAUGAUUGUCUUAGGUGAAUUGAGUUAUGUGGUGUACGAAUGUGAUGUAUUAGGAUUUAAGAAGAGGUAGGUGUUAAUUUUUGCCUUGUUGGCGAGUCUUAUUUUUUCUUGAUGUUGUAAUUUUAACUCAGUUACCCAGGUUUUUAUGAAUACCCAAUGUGUUCUAUGAAAAAAAAAGCAUUUACAUAA